CCACUUGUCAGCGCUAGCCACCAGGCGCAAGGCUUGAGAAAAAAAAACUGUGCGGAUCUGGUUAGGUCUACGCAGGCGCAUAGCGUGACCAGUACCUCUCGUUGUAUGGGAGAACCAUGUCCACAUUGCACUCAGUCAUCCCUGCCAAGUCUGAUGCAAGUGGCGCACCGCCAAUGAAGUUCCAAUGCAUAGACAGACAUCGCUGAAAGUUUCACUGCUGCUGGGAGGACUGCGCUGGGAUGCCUUGCCAAACUUUACGCUCGGGGCUAACCGUCACUAACUUCCUACAGAGGCGGCAUCGCCUGACAUGGAUUAAGAACAACUUUCUCUGUUGUUCGACGGAACAGAAAUAAUUCCGUGAGAAAAUAUCUAUAGAGCGUGUGGAUUACAUGUAAAAACAGUGCUGCUCUGGCUGCAUCUCAGGGGAGGUCAUAUGAGAAGUGUAUUUGCUGGAGACGUGAACAUGCACAGCCUCGCUUACACGGCAGUGGAGAUCCGUUCGGAUUGGAUUGAUGUUGUGAAGUACACUGGAGGUCUCGGAACUUCCUAAUUGAAGGACAGUGGCCGAGAGAAAGAUUUGAUUUGAUGGGAACGCGAUCUCAGCGUGGAGCCCGCUACGCCUUUCAGCCACUUUUACAUGAAGUACCUUCAGAGUGAUCAAAGGGGCAACACUGGAUAUUUUUGUCGGAAGUUUUUUUUUACGCACUGCCUUCAGGAUCUAUUGAGUUACCUCUGGAAUUCAGCUGUCCAAUGAGAGUUUCAAAGUCAUUUAUUUGGUUUUAUUUUGUGCCCUUUUCUCCUCACGUCCCAUUAAUUCGCCACAUCAUUCGAUUUACCAAGUGGCACCUAAGUGCUGAGAGUCUUUUCGUUACUUAGCGUCAAGCCGCGACUCUGGCGCAGUGAUGCGUAGUGGAAGUUCCCCGAUGUCUCUGGCUAUGGUGGUUAUCCUGCUGGUGACUAUUAUCCAUGAUGUGAAGGCAAGUGGGGAGUAUUGUCACGGCUGGCAGACCGUGGAGGGCACCUGGAGAGAUGGCUUCGGGUGUCCAGAGAAGUUUGACCAGGAGGACGCCAUCAUAUGCUGCGGGAAAUGCGAACUCCGGUACUGCUGUUCCAGCACUGAAGCCCGACUAGACCAGGGGACAUGUGAUAAUGAUAAGCAAGCCCAGGACCCAAGCAGCCCCGGCCACAAGGAGGACAAAGACACCGGAGCAGUGCCCAUCUACGUGCCCUUCCUGAUCGUGGGUUCGGUGUUUGUGGCGUUCGUGCUGCUGGGGUCCGUGGUGGCGGUGUGCUGUUGCCACUGCCUGCGGCCCAAACACGAGCCCUCCUCUGGGGGUGGCGGCGGCGGCGGCGGCGGCGGGGGUCGUCUCCUGGAGACCAUCCCCAUGAUGGCCAGCGUGGGCACCUCCCGCGGCUCCUCCUCCCGCCAGUCCAGCACCGCCACCUCCUCCAGCUCCUCCGCGCCUCCCGCCAGCGGCGGCCCCCCGAGGACGUCCACGGCGAUGCCCGGCGGCGGCGGCGGCGGUCCUCCCCAACCCCAGGGGGCGCUGCUCCGCACGCAGGCCUCCUGCUGCAUCCCGCCCGACGCCAGCGUCUACGUCAACAUGCCCACCAACUUCUCGGUGCUGAACUGCCAGCAGGCCACCCAGAUCAUGCCGCACCAGGGCCAGUACCUGCACCCGCAGUACAUCGGCUACGCCGCGCACCCCAUGGCAACGCACCACCCCAUGGCAGCGCACCACGCCGCCAUGGCCGCCACGCACGCCCACGCGGCCUACCUGGACCCCAUACACGGGGGCUACCGGCCCCUGCAGUCGCCACACCCCCCUCCCCCGCCCACCACCAGCACUAGCGUAGCGGCCAGCGUGGCGGGGGACCAGAAGCACCCCCCAGUCACGGUGUGAGGAGGGAGGGGGGGGGGGGGGGUGAUGUGGCCUUGGAUAUACACAGGGGCCAUUUGGGGUGACGUGACCUUGGACAGACACAGGGGCCAUUUGGGGUGAUGUGGCCUUGGAUAUACACAGGGGCCAUUUGGGGUGAUGUGGCCUUGGAUAUACACAGGGGCCAUUUGGGACCCUUAGUUCCUCAUUUGGGACCCUAAAGUUCCUCGUAGGAACUAGUAUUUGAUGUGGACCUCCUGAAGACUGGACUGGGCCACUUCCUGGUGUUGGGACUAAACUAAACUAAAUUGAUAGACUGCCGUUAUGAGGACCUGGACUGUGUGUGUGUGUGUGUGUGUGUGUGUGUGUGUGUGUGUGUGUGUGUGUGUGUGUGUGUGUGUGAGCGUGUAACAGUGUGUGUGUGUGUGUGUGUGUGUGUGUGUGUGUGUGUGUGUGUGUGUGUGUGUGUGUGUGUGUGUGUGUGUGUGUUGGGGUGCAUUAGGGGUGCAUGUGUGUGUACACAUACAGUGUGCGUGCGUGCGUGCGUGCGUGCGUGCGUGCGUGCGUGCGUGCGUGCGUGCGUGCGUGCGUGCGUGCGUGUGUGCGUGCGUGCGUGCGUGCGUGCGUGCGUGCGUGCGUGCGUGUGUGCGUGCGUGUGUGUGUAGGCAGGGGUACAAAAGAGUGAUGUCUCAGGGUUUAAAGAGGACGUUUAACUCCAGGACUCUGUACAGCGUGUGGGUCAGUCAGACUCCCCUUAGGGUCCGACUCAGCCAGUGACACGCAGCCGAAACAACAUUCAGCAAUCACACACUCACUCACACGAGAGGAAACAUAACAGAACAUUCAGCGAUCACGCAACUCACUCACAAGAGGAAACAUAACGGAAUGUUCCAGAAGACUGGAACUGGGGCGCUAAGCAACACAGGAAGUAAUCGAUGUGAAAUGUAAUCAUAACGGACAUAAAAUGAAUGCAUUGCGUGACAGUGAUAUAUGGCCCUGUGAUGAGAUUGAUGACAGUGUAUACAUUUUCAGUGUGUGAGCAUGUGUGCUAUUUCUUUUUUAAAUAAUAAUAAUAAUGAUAAUUCGA